GGCCACGCAGGCGCGCGGGGCCGUGUGGAGAGCCCCACGCGGGAGCCUCCGGAGUCCCCAGUCGCCGCUCCUCUCACUUCACCGGAGAAGGGGCUGAGGGGGAGCGAAUAAAGAGUGAAUGCGCUGCAGCCGCCGUGGUGGCGGCCCCAGUCAGUCCGAGCGAGCCCCGAGCCGUGCGCCCGGGCCGCGGCGAAGGGAGGCGGUUCGUCUCCUCCCUCCCACCCGCCCCUCUCUUCUCUCUCUCGCUCUUCCUCCAGCUGGUCCCAGAGCCCGGCUCGGUCAGGUUCCUCUGCCCCCCUAGCCCGCAGUUUUCCACCUCCUCCGUGUCCCACUCGUCACCCGGGGCGCCUCCAACUGCCAUGGGUUAGGGUGGGGGGGCUGAGAGCCGCGCCAAGGACCAGCCUUGUGCAGCCGCCGGGGGGCGCGGGGCCCGAACGCUGCCGCUCGCCGCGCGCGGGCGCCGGGCAUGGGGAGCGCCGUGUGAACCCGCACCCGGGGAGGACGCAGUAGCUACGGAGACGGGGCGAGGAGGAGGAGGUGGAAGCGGGGGAGAAGGGCCGUGGAUUGCCAGGACCCGCGGGAGGGAGAGGUGGGAGGUGAGGGAGCGAGGGAAAAGUGAAGCAGGGAGGAGAAGGCGGCUGAAGGUGGGGAUUGAUGCUUCUGUUUUUUGUUGCCGCUGCUGCCCUCACGCUGGGAGCCGAGCCGGAGGGAAGGCGGUGGAGAGAUGAUUGCAGAGUUGGUGAGCAGCGCGCUGGGGCUCGCCUUGUAUCUAAACACCUUGAGUGCGGAUUUCUGCUACGAUGACAGCCGUGCCAUCAAGACUAAUCAGGACCUUCUCCCAGAAACUCCAUGGACUCAUAUUUUCUACAAUGAUUUUUGGGGAACUCUUCUAACGCACAGCGGCAGCCACAAGUCUUACAGGCCACUCUGCACUCUCUCGUUUCGUCUGAACCACGCCAUUGGAGGGCUGAAUCCCUGGAGCUACCACCUCGUCAAUGUCCUGUUGCAUGCGACUGUCACUGGCCUCUUCACAAGCUUCUCUAAGAUCCUCCUUGGUGACGGAUACUGGACCUUCAUGGCUGGCUUGAUGUUCGCCUCACACCCCAUUCACACCGAGGCAGUGGCAGGAAUCGUGGGACGGGCCGAUGUUGGGGCCAGUUUGUUCUUUCUCCUCUCCCUGCUCUGCUAUAUUAAACACUGUUCUACAAGAGGCCACUCAGCCAGGACCUGGGGCUGGUUCCUGGGGACAGGACUGUGUGCAGGAUGCAGCAUGUUAUGGAAGGAACAAGGAGUGACUGUUCUGGCAGUUUCGGCAGUUUAUGACGUCUUUGUGUUUCACAGGCUGAAAAUGAAGCAGAUCUUGCCCACCAUUUACAAAGGGAAGAACUUGUCUCUUUUCCUCAGCAUAAGUUUGUUAGCAUUCUGGGGAACCUCCUUGUUGGGUGCUCGGUUAUACUGGAUGGGAAAUAAACCACCAAGCUUUUCCAACUCAGACAACCCUGCUGCAGAUUCAGACAGCCUUCUGGCUCGCACACUCACUUUCUUCUACUUGCCAACUAAGAAUCUGUGGUUGUUGCUGUGUCCAGAUACUCUGAGUUUUGAUUGGUCCAUGGAUGCUGUGCCUCUGCUAAAAACGAUUUGUGAUUGGAGAAAUCUACACACUGUGGCCUUCUAUAUUGGACUCCUCAUCCUGGCCUACUAUGGACUGAAGAGCCCAAGCGUGGAAAGAGAGUGCAAUGGGAAAGCCGUGACAAAUGGCAGGCAGAAUGCAAAUGGGCAUAGCUGCCAUUCAGACAUGGAGUACCGGAACUUGGAGAUUAAGCCCAGCUUUGCAUCCAAAGUGGAAAAUGGCAUUAAAGAUAAUGUAUCACAGAGAACACAGCUUCCUUCUACGGAGAACAUUGUGGUUCUAUCUUUAUCUUUGUUAAUAAUACCUUUUGUUCCUGCCACAAACCUGUUUUUCUAUGUUGGCUUUGUGAUUGCAGAGCGAGUGUUAUAUAUCCCUAGUAUGGGCUUCUGCCUCCUGAUUACAGUGGGUGCCAGAGCCCUGUAUGUCAAAGUGCAAAAGCGGUUUCUCAAGAGCUUGAUUUUUUAUGCGACAGCCACGUUAAUUGUUUUCUAUGGACUGAAGACUGCAAUCAGAAAUGGAGACUGGCAAAAUGAGGAAAUGCUGUAUAGGUCAGGGAUAAAAGUUAACCCAGCGAAAGCAUGGGGUAACCUUGGAAAUGUUCUGAAGAGUCAAAGCAAAAUUUCCGAAGCUGAAAGCGCCUAUAGAAAUGCUUUGUACUACCGUAGCAACAUGGCUGACAUGCUUUAUAAUUUAGGGUUACUCCUCCAGGAGAACAGCAGAUUCGCAGAAGCCUUACAUUAUUACAAAUUGGCCAUUGGGAGCAGACCUACCCUGGCUUCUGCUUAUUUAAACACGGGCAUUAUUCUAAUGAACCAAGGAAAAACAGAAGAAGCCCGGCGCACGUUCCUCAAGUGUUCUGAGAUCCCAGAUGAAAACCUGAAGGACCCCCACGCACACAAGAGCUCUGUGACGAGCUGUCUGUACAACCUGGGAAAGCUGUAUCAUGAGCAGGGACACUAUGAGGAGGCCCUGAGUGUAUACAAGGAAGCUAUUCAGAAAAUGCCAAGACAGUUUGCCCCACAAAGCUUAUACAACAUGAUGGGCGAAGCAUAUAUGCGACUGAGCAAGCUACCAGAAGCAGAGCAUUGGUACAUGGAAUCAUUGAGGUCCAAGACUGACCACAUCCCUGCACAUCUGACCUAUGGGAAAUUGCUGGCUCUAACAGGUCGUAAAAGUGAGGCUGAAAAGUUCUUCUUGAAGGCCAUUGAGCUGGAUCCCACCAAAGGAAACUGUUACAUGCAUUACGGGCAGUUUCUCCUGGAAGAAGCUCGCCUCAUAGAAGCGGCUGAGAUGGCAAAGAAAGCAGCAGAACUGGAUAGCACGGAGUUUGAUGUUGUCUUCAAUGCUGCUCAUAUGCUCAGACAGGCUAGCCUCAAUGAAGCAGCCGAGAAGUACUACGAUCUGGCGGCUAGACUGAGGCCUAAUUAUCCAGCUGCAUUGAUGAACCUAGGGGCCAUUCUGCACCUUAAUGGCAAGCUCCAGAAGGCAGAGGCAAACUACCUGCGUGCCCUGCAGCUCAAGCCAGAUGAUGUGAUCACACAGUCCAAUCUGCGGAAACUGUGGAACAUCAUGGAAAAGCAAGGCUUAAAGACUUCUGAGACAUGACACGGGACGGCAGAACCUCGUCCUGCUUUUGACAAAGUGGACUUUAUUACUGGACAACACCUCCCAGCAGUGCUGUGACAAGAGCUGGUUUCGGACUUCAGGGCAGGGGUCAUUGAAGUCGCUGCCGCUCCUGGGUGAUCCACUUUGCUGUUGACAUGGUCACUAACACCAAAAAGGGGAACAUGGGAAACCUCCUGGAGGAUGGAUUUGUUACCCAUAGACUGUAAACCAGAGCACUUAAAACAGGGAUCUUUUGGGAUUUGUAAAAGGGGAGGGUGCUUAAAAUACAGACCUUGUUCAUUUUUGAAAGCUAAUUUCAAAAUUAUAUUAUUCCUUAAACACUG